AUGAUUCUCUUUUUGUAUCUCAAUUCUGAAAACUACGUCAGUGCUGGGAUUCCUGAUAAAUCUUGGCAGCCUCCAAUUGCCAUUCUUGAAACUACUAUGGGUACUGUAACAGUAGAAAUGUAUUGGAAACAUACUCCUCUUACAUGCAGAAACUUUAUGGAAUUAGUAAGAAGAGGUUAUUAUAAUAACACUAAAUUUCAUAGAGUCAUAAGGGAUUUUAUGAUACAAGGUGGUGAUCAUACAGGAACGGGCAAGGGAGGUCAAUCAAUAUAUGGACCUCAAUUUGAUGAUGAAAUAACUUCCGAUUUAAAACAUACUGGUGCAGGGAUAUUGUCAAUGGCAAAUGCAGGACCAAAUACUAAUGGAUCACAAUUUUUCAUUACUUUAGCCCCAACACAAUGGUUAGAUGGGAAACACACAAUAUUUGGCAGAGUACAAAGUGGCAUGACAGUUGUGAAACGGAUUGGUUUAGUGGAAUGCGAUAAACAUGAUUGUCCUGUUGUCAUACUUCAUACUAGUGAUGAAGACUUAAGAGAUACCGGCAUAGGCGCACACGGC